AUGCCUGCCCAGUUUGUCAUCUUCGACUUUGACGGGACUCUAUUUGACACCCAUCAAGCCAUCUUCCACAGCAUCAAGCUCACAUUCGAUACCCUCCUACCCGAAUCUACACCCCCGGAAUCCGAAAUCCAGAAGCUUAUUGGCGGUGGAAAGGGUCUUCUAGACGUUCUCACAACAUUGCACCCCUCUUUUGAUACAUUGAACGAGGAUGAAUGGGUGUCUACAUACCGCCGCAUUUACAACGACGAUGGCCAGAGACUCACAUCUCCAUUCGUCGGCGCAAAAGAACUAUUGAACAGCCUCAAUGACCAGGGCAUUCCCAUUGCUAUCGUUAGCAACAAAGGCGUAACAGCAAUCGAAGCGACUCUCAAAAGUAACUCUUUAGAAAACAUCAUCCCAAGAGACUUGAUCAUCGGAGACAACACGCCUGGAGCGACCAGAAAGCCCGAUCCCGGGAGCUUCGUCAACGUUCUCAAGCCAGCCCUAUCAGCACGUGGUUUUCCCACAGAUCUAGAUAUUUCCAAAGUAUUAGUUGUGGGAGACACCGAGGCUGAUUUGAAGUUCGCCUCCAAUAUUGGCGCAAAGUCUGUUUGGUGCAGAUUCGGAUAUGGAGAUAAGGAAAAGUGUGAAGAACUGGGGCCAGACUUUAAGGUUGAUGCGCUGGCAGAAGUAGAAGGAAUCGUGAAGACUUUGUAA